CGAAUCAAUGGAAUCGGAACGUCCCUACAGCUAGGGAAUGUUUUUUAAAUCUGACCCUGAACCUGUGUUGACUUUUUGAAACGAAAUGAUUGAGAUAGUGCACAUUGGAGUCAAACAAGCAAGUCAUAUCUUACAGAACCUCAUCUUAAAAGUUUGACGGAUAUCAAUCGGUGUGUGGGUAUCAAUCAACAUGACUAGUGGAAACGAGCAACAAGAACACUUGUCCCCCAUGCUAUACGGACAGGGUACCGGCAAUGAUGUACCAGAUAUAAAACAAUUAGAGACUCCCGAAGUGAGGGACGAAUUACUUAGAGAUAUCGGCGGGCGCGAUGCAGAAGAUGGGAAUUUAUGCUAUGGUACACCACAAUUGGGGAGUGCGAACAAAUUACAAAAUGACAGGUGUUCACGUCUUAGUAAAUGGUUUUCUGUACAUUUAGCUCCUGAAGCCUUAUGCCACACUCCUAAUUUUCCAUUGACAGUUUUUAGUAUUUUUACAAUAUUACUUCUUCUUUGGGGAACGGCGUAUACCCUAUUUCAAGACCAUGUUGCUCCGUCAUCAAGUCUCUUUAUCCUUUUUUCUCUCUUCAUUUUGGCAUAUAUUGCAGGUCGACUUAUUUUCUUUUUGAAACUACCCCCUUUGUUAGGCAUGCUCUUGGUUGGCAUUAUAAUAGGCAACGUAAAUAUCUUCAAUAUGGAAGGUUGGUACAAAACUGCUGUAUCAACAUUGAGAGCACUGCAAUGUAAUAAUUCUCAUCAAAGCGGGCUUGAUGCUGGAGCAUUACAAAGAUUAAGUUUUGUUGUCAUUAGAUUGGCUUUUGUUCCAUGCUUAGUUGAAGCAUCAGUAGUGGCAUGUGUGUCUCAUUUUCUUCUGGAUUUACCAUGGCUGUGGGGUGCGUUGCUGGGCAUGAUCAUCUCUCCAGCUGUUGUUGUUCCAUCAUUACUGGCUCUGAAAGAUCAGGGAUAUGGUGAAGAUAAAGGAAUAGCAACACUUGUGAUUGCAGCCUCAAGUAUUGAUGAUAUUUUGGCUAUCUCAGGAUUUGGUGUUAUUCUUAGCACCAUUUUUUCAGAGGGUGAUGUGUUACAGCAGUUUUUACAAGGACCUCUAGAAGUUUGUAUAGGCCUGUCUUUUGGAAUUCUAUGGGGAAUAGUAGCUAUUUACAUUCCACACAGAAGUGAGAGUUGGGUAGUGACAGGUAGAAGUUUAAUGGUUGGCCUUGGAGGCUUGUUUGCAGUCUUUGGCAGUCAAUUAGCAGGAUAUUCUGGUGCUGGUCCUUUAGCAAGCAUUGUUAUGGCUUUUGUUGCCUGUUAUGGCUGGAAGAAGCAAGGAUGGUCAGCCACCAACAAUCCUGUUGAAUCGGUAUUUACUUCAAUGUGGCAAAUUUUUCAACCUGUGCUCUUUGGUCUAAUUGGCACAGCAAUAAAUUUAUCAACUUUGGAAGGUCAUGCAGUUAUUUAUGGAAUUGCUACUCUGUGUGUUGGGCUUUCUAUUCGCUUAGUAACGAGCUUUCUUAAUUCCACUGUGCAGGCAGCAAUUGGUCCUGUGGCACUUGAUUUGGCAGAGAAAUGGCAUUCUGAUGAAAUUGUUCUUGGAUAUGCUUCAUUAGUACUGACAAUUGCUGUGCUCUCUAUUAUCAUAACAGCACCAUUGGGUGCUAUAGGCAUUUACAUUGCUGGUCCUCGACUUCUUGGGAAAGUUGAGUCAGAAGCAACUCCUGAGGCUGAAAAUGAGGAAGAUUCAGUUUAGAGGUUUAAAAGUUUAUCAGAUUAGUGAAUUUUUACUAAACCUGUACUUAUUAUUGUAUUUUUGUUUCAUGUUUGUUGUGUGUACUCACACAAGUUUUGUAAUUUAGGGUUUUUUUGUAAUUUGGUGCUUAUAGAGUGAUGACUCAGUCUGAUGUAAUUUUUUAAAUAAGAAUCGAUUUAUCAAAAUAUUAGAAUUUUGGAAAAUAUCCAAGUUCUAGACAAACAUUUAAUGUUUUUACUUAAUUUUUUGAUAUUUACUCUGAUGAUGGUUCAGAAGUGUUCUUUCUCAGGAAUCAUUAGCUUUUAAAGUUAAUUUUUCUUAUUUGAUCAGUGAAUGUUGUUAAUUGAAUUGAUCACUCAAUUUUUAAUUUGUAUGGAAAGAGAACAAAAUGGUACUUAUUUGUUGUGCCUUGUAAUUUUAAAAAUUCAUAUUUAUAAUAGGUUAAAAGGUUGGUUUUACUGUCUGUUCUUUCUAUAAAAUCUGGCACAGGUGCCUAAAUUGGAACUCUCUAUGUUGACUUUAAAUUGUUUCUCUCUAUGUUGAUAUGUUUGUAAUUUUAUGAAUAUGGUAUCACCUAGUUUAUAUUUUUCUUGGAGCUAUUAUUUUCAUUUGUAUCAUUCAGUGAACCAUAUCUUCUUUGUUCACAUUUUGUUUCCACUUAUCAACCCGAAGUUUACACCAAAGAACUGUUUCUUCUCAAAGCAGUGCAUUGUCUUUUUCUUUAUUCUAUUUUUCUUAGUGCUUCAGCAGUGACAGCCAAAUCGUGCUGUCAUCCUGUGUCCUGUUUGUUUAUACCGAAAUUUUGCCAGACACACUCUCUGCCCCCUAUGCCUGUAGUGACCCAUGGGUACCUGCUCAUACAUGUGAAAUGUUUGCACAGAUUGCUGGUUCUUAAUAAAUUAUUAUUUCUAAUCUAAUUUCUUUUCUUCUGGAAAUUAAGGAGAUUUUUCCCUUUGUACUAUUUAAAAAGUUUUAUCUCAAGCAGACAACAUUUCACAUCAAAUUUUAUGAUAAACAGGAAAAGUUUUGGUUAAUUAUUAUUACCUUUGUUGACAAUGUUUUCUUAAACAGUUUGAAAUAUAAAUGAUAAAGGGGGUGAAAUUACCUGAAAUCAUAAACUGGAAGGAGAGGGGCAAGAGCUUCGUUAUGACUUAAAUUUUUGGUAGGGAAGCUCCCGAUAAAAUGAGCAUCCACUUCUUCCAAUUCAGGACUUUGAAGGGACACUAAUUUUAAAAUGAAGUAUACUUCGGAAUAUUAAGAGCAUCUAUCAUUGCUCUCUUGGAUCUCUUAUAAAAAUCCUCCCCUUUUCUUUUCCCCCCACUAUUGCCAUGAUGUGAGAUUGGCACUGAUUUGUUAGUUUGACUCUGUCAGGGAAUCUAAAGUUCAACUAGUCUUGCAACAGGUUCUGCACCCUUCUAUCAAUUUUGCCAAACUCUGCAACAUUUGCGUGCUCUCUAUUUCGGAAUGGAAUUUUACAGGGUUAAGAUGCAUUUACCGUAAGUGUUGUCUGUUGCCGAAUGUGGCUAAUUUGAAAUAUUUUGGGGGAAGCAGUCAUUUGCCACGGUGGCGUUCUUGCAUGCGAGACGAGGCGUAGCUGGGCCGGGCACACAUUGACAUUACUACAAUCCAUCCGAACAUUAAGUGUCGUUUCCUGUGUUCAUGUACACUGUCAUGUUCAGGUGUUCCUUGCAUACUCAUACACCCGCAAUGCAUGCAUGUACUUAUUACAGAUAUAUUAAUUACUUACGAACCUUUACUCAUCGCAUGUACUAUUUACUACAAAUGAAUUUAUGGAUGUCUUUUUUUUCUCUCGCCUACAACUUACUUCUAUGUCUUCUGAAACCUUAUUCAUUUGCAAGAUUGAAUAAUCUUUUUAAUUUUCAUGAACUUGUUUUGUUGCCCACCUGUGGCUUCUUUCAUAUGUAAUCAGAGAUUAUAGAGUAUUAGAGAAAUGUAGUGGAAAUAGAUGACUGGUUGUGUUUGUACAGUCAAAGUAUGACAUGUCUACUUAAAAGUGGAAGUCUGAUUUAUUAAAUAAUUAUUAGAAUAUUCCUAAUUGUUACUAUAUGUAUUUAAUAGAAAAAAAUCAUUUGAGGUGAGCAUUAUCUAAUGUGUUCAAUUGCAAUGUUUUUUUGCAUAUAACUGAAGUUGCUUGCUUGUAAAACAAAACUUAAGAUCCAUUUUCAAUUAACAAUGUAAAAAGAUGUUAGAGAUAUAUUUGUUAUGUACAUGACAAGUGUUUUUGAAAUAAAAUAAAUAUUUUCAGAGCUG